UCAAGGCUGACUGUAACUGCUUGGUCCGGUUAUCAAGGCAGCAGCAGAUGCGCCGUCCAUGCCGCUUUAAGUCCACUAAGAAGCCACUAGUCCAAUUACCCGAGAGGAGAGGAGGCGGAAAUCCACGCAUGUAGGCUACAAAACCAAUUUACCGCUCCUCGGCUCGACGAUGGAUAUGAGCGCGGCUCCGGCAUAUGAUGACGACCUGACACGACAGCCCGCCAUAACCAAACAAGUUGGACCAGCAGCGCCUCAGUGUCACCACCAGAGAGAUGCUGGUGUAUUUUGAGAAGUGCUAGUCGCGAUUUGGGGCUCACACAUUAAGCCUGUGUAAGCUGCUGGACGGUGUGUGUGUCACAGGCCUGCUGCUGCUGCUGCAGCCGCGUCACUCGGCGACGCUCCGGAGUUUCCUCGCGCUGUUUGUGAAGGUGGAUCAUUAACAUGGAAACAUACACUGAUGUGCUGCUCGUCACCGCGAAUGUCGGGUCACUCUUUGACAAUGUUGGUGAAAUUCAAAAUGAAUGGUUACAAGAAUUGUAUAAGACUAUCCACAGCCACAAGCCCCAGUUCAUCGCCCUGCACUUUCAGGAGGUCGGAGGGAAGGACUACAUGGUCAACAUGGGCCAUGCUGAAAACUUCUUUCGGAACAUUGAGUCCAGUGAGCAAAUGAAAGACUUUGACAGGGUCUGCAUCUACGUGGACAACCAGUUCCAAACAGAGGAGAGCUUCACGGCUUUGGGGAGCAUGUACUUCAUUCACAAGACUCUGAAAAACAUCUAUCAGUAUGAUUUUAAAGUUAAGGAUUUUAAAGCAGUGUCAGGACAGAACAAGCACGUGGGCGCUCUGGACGGGGUCACCACAGUGGAGAAAGAAAAAUUCCCAAAGAAUUUCUGGCCUGAUUUCAAGUGGUCCAGAAAGGGCUUCAUGAGGACCCGCUGGAUCAUACACAACCAAGGUCUGGACCUGGUCAAUGUCCACCUGUUCCACGAUGCCUCCAACCUCAUUGCCUGCAACUCAAGUCCUUCCAUUUACUCAGCCAACCGGAAAAACGCUCUCAGAUAUGUCAUCAACAGGAUAUCAGACAGCCGCUUCACUCCUCUGCCUUUCCUCCUGUUUGGAGAUUUCAACUUCCGUCUUGACACACAGAGUCUGGUCCAGUAUCUGUCCAAUGCAGCAGAUGUACAGACAGUAAAGAAGGACAGCAGUAACGAAGUGGAGAAGAUCAUCUGCGAAGAAAAAGACAAUGACCACAAGGUGCUGCUUCACAUCGAGGAGAAGCUGUUCACCUACCUGCACCAGGCGGUUUUCAGGGAGGACAACGGCAGAGCACUUUUGAAGUAUGACAAAGAAGUCGCAGCCUUUCAUGAUGUUAUUAGGGAAGAGGACAUCGUGUUUCCACCCAGUUACCCCUACAGUGAAGAGUACACUAAACCGACCCAGUACAUGAACACUCGCUGUCCUGCCUGGUGUGAUCGUAUCCUUAUGUCACACACUGCCCAAGAAGUCAUCCACAGGGGAGAUGACGGUGAGAAGAGCAUUGUUUACAACACAGUGGGUCCUAAUGUCUGUAUGGGAGACCAUAAGCCGGUUUUCUUGUUCUUCGCACUGAAGACAAAUGACCAUUGACUCUGAUCCUUCUCAGUGGUCUAUAACCGCACCAUCCUCACUGCUCUGCCAUAGUAUCAGCACCAGAGGAUAAUCAGCAUGAUGGUUACCCGCCACAAACCCAGCUCUCAACCAGCAGCAGGUCCUGAAACAGUUAAUCCUCUGCUGUGAAAACCCUGUCCUCACAUCACUGGUGUCUCACAACUCACUGCCACAUGCUCUCAACGACAAUCCAAGUGACACGAGCACAGAUUUAUCAGCAGCUGUUAUGGAUUUCUUUUGCAUUUUUCCAGAUUCUCCACUUACUCUCAGAUCUUAAAGGGAAAUUUCGGUUUAUUUCAACCUGUCUCCUAUCGUCCUAAAUUUGUUUCA